AUGCCUUCCCUUUGCACGAGCUUGACUGACUUCUUUGUCGAGAUGACGGCCGUUUCGAGAUCUGUGAUGGUUUAUGGAAUCGACCUUCAUGCACGACUCACCAAGACACUUGUCAGCCUUGUUUCUGAUAAGAGCAGAGACCCGUUCGAGCCUAGCCGACGCUUCACUGUACAACGAGGAUGGAGCGUACGCAUGAACAUUGUCAUCCAAGUUGUGGGUAGUCGCGGGGAUAUCCAACCAUUCGUCGCAUUAGGUCAAGAACUCCAAAAAUACGGCCAUCGCGUUCGGUUAGCGACGCUUGAUGUGUUCGUGGGGUUUGUCAAGAAGUCAAACCUGGGAUUUUAUCCAAUCGGCGGUGAAUCUAAAGAGCUGAUGGCUUACAUGGUCAAGAACCCCCGUCUGAUUCCAACAGUGAAGAGCUUACGUGAAGGCGAUAUCAAGAAGAAACGCGUCAUGAUAACGGAAAUCCUCAAAAGGUGCUGGAAAUCAUGCGUGGAAGCAGACGUUGAUUCCCAAGAGCCAUUUGUUGCCGACGCCAUCAUCGCAAAUCCUCCCAGCUUCGCCCACAUCCACUGUGCACAGGCGCUUGGGGUUCCGCUCCACAUGAUGUUCACUAUGCCAUGGAGCAGCACAAAAGCAUUUCCUCACCCGCUAGCAAAUAUUAAAGUGGGAGAGAUCGAUCCAGCCCUUGUCAACUACGCUUCAUACGGCAUCGUGGAGUUUCUAACAUGGCAAGGCCUAGGGGACGUUAUCAAUAAGUUCAGAAGGGAUACACUGGACCUCGAGCCCGUACCUACCAGUGUCGGACCUGUGCUGGCGGAGGCGCUGGAAUUCCCUUUCACCUACUGCUGGUCGCCGGCCCUUGUUCCUAAACCUGCAGAUUGGUGUUCUCAUAUCGACGUUUGCGGCUUCUUCUUCCGCGACCCACCUCCCUACGACCCACCGACAAUAAUUGCGGAAUUUUUCAGAACUGGUCCACCUCCUAUCUACAUCGGCUUCGGCAGCAUCGUCUUGGAAGAUUCAGCGAAGGUGACCUCACUACUCAUAGAGGCUGUGCAACUCUGCAGUGUCCGAGCAAUCAUAUCUAAGGGCUGGAGCAACUUAGGCGGUGGUCAUCCAGAGCAAGCAGGUGAUGUCUUGUUCAUCGGUGACUGUGAUCACGAAUGGUUGUUCCAACACGUCGCUGCUGUAAUCCAUCAUGGUGGAGCCGGGACAGCUGCUUGCGGACUAAAGUAUGCAUGCCCAACCCUUUCAAAAUAUCUGGUCGACGCGAUCCAGAUCCUUCUUGCUCCACAGACCCAAACGGCAGCUAAGAGCCUUUCCUUGCAAAUGGCGAACAAGCAGGGCGUCAAUGCUGCUGUCCAUUCUUAUCAUGCGAACCUGCCGUUCGAGAGUAUAAGAUGCAACAUUAUUCAUGACCUGCCAGCCACGUGGCUCUACAAAAAGGCCUCAAUUCGACUUUCCAAACUUGCGGCGCAUAUUCUGGUCGAGGAAGGAGUGAUAUCCUACGAAACCCAACCCAUUCACAUCACAAACCGCCGUUGGAAUUCUGUCACGAGUAUGAGUUCUGUAGGCCUGUCGAUUGUCGGUAAUAUGGGCAAAGCUACUACAGGCAUGCUGUGUGAUCCCUACAAAGAACUGAAGCGCACAAAAAGCGAGGGAACAAGCAAUGCGGCACACGGCGCAGCAACUGCGGGCCGGAUGACUGCCGCUGGCGCAAAAGGUUUUGGUCGGUUAUACGGAGCCAUCUUCAAAGGCGCUAUUGUCGAUAUACCAUUAGCCGCAGCUGAAGGACUGCGAGCGGUUCCCAAGCUAUAUGGGGAAGAAGUCAGGGAUCACGGCCAAGUGACAAACAUCCAGAGCGGUUUUAGCAAAGCUGGGAAAAACUUCGCAUUCGGCAUGGUCGAUGGCUUUAACGAUCUUUUCGUACGACCAGUUCAACAAAAGACGGCGCGGUUAACAUCAAAAACGGCUUCUGCAACUGUUAGCAUCGUUGCUUACCCAGGUGAGGGUAUCUGCAAGAGCCUUCGACUUGCAGUACACUCAGGUACUAGGAGAAACAUCAAGGCGCAUAAGAUAUCCGAGGGAACGUAUCCUUCUCAACGAUACGCGCUAGAUAAGGAAGUCGUCGGGGUCAUCAAUGCUUUCGAGCUUUUGAGAAGCGAACAGCGCCGGAUCCUGACCGGAUUUUGA